UUACAGAAAUUGUAUCCCAUAAUAUCCACACCAAUCUUCAGGCAGUCUGACUAUCCUGUGGGUAAUUAGGAGUGGAAAUGUCCCUUAUGCUGUGUGAGAAGAUCCAGCUGAGAGAGCUGUUUACUCGGUGCUUUGUGCUGAACUGUUUGACUGCAGCUGUGUGUUGGAUAUUGAGUGUGUUUAUUGGAAGCAUUUCUCUCUGAUUUCCAGGCUGUGUAUUGUUGAUGAUUCAUUCCUGAAUAUGAGAAGAAGGAUUUCACUGUAUGACAGCAGAGAAUACAAAGAUCAUCACCCAGAGAAGAAUAACACAACUGUGGGAAGACAUAUAGUCCCUUCACAGCACUGCUGAACACGGACGCUUGCUCAGUAAAUUGUUCUUGCUCAGGAGAGUUGACAAAGCAACAGAUCUGAAAGUGAUCAGUAGUGUGGAGCCUUCCAUCAAAACCAAAGUUUGCCUAUGAGUGAUCAGUCAGAUUGAGCUGGGAAGAAGUAUGAGUGACUCCAAGUGUAGUAAACUUCACACUUCAAUCAUUCAUUGAGUUUCAUGAAUCACUGAUUCUUUCUUACAGGUGAGAGGCAGUUCAUGUGUGUAAGCGAGUAAGCUGUCAACAAGGUGCACCUGUCGAAAAUCUGUUAAAACCAAAUGAGUUAAAUGAUAGAGAAACUGUUAAACAGUGCGUGAGUUUUUGUAAAGUCACCUACAUUCAUGAAUCAUUGACACAUUCAUUUUUGGGAGAAAUGGUUCAAAUUUGUGGUGUAUAAAUUGAUUUCGGAAGGUCAUCAUACCUGAUAAAUAACCAACACAUUCACAUGGGAAAAAGAGCAUUCACAUGCAAUGUGUGCGACAAAUCAUUCUCAUCGUCAUCAACCCUCCUCAUGCACCAACACAUUCAUACAGGGGAGAAGCCAUUCGUAUGCAGUCAAUGUGGGAAAUCAUUCUCCCAGUCAUCAAAACUCCUUGACCACCAACGUGUCCACACGGGGGAGAAACCAUUCCAGUGUAAAGUGUGUGACAAAUCAUUCUCACAGUUACGAUACCUUCGCAUACACCAAUGUGUCCACACGGGAGUGAAACCCUUUCAUUGUGAAGUGUGCGACAAAUCCUUCUCACAGUCAGGAUACCUACGAGUACAUCAACGCAUCCACACAGGAGAGAAACCAUUUCGAUGCAAGGUGUGUGACAAAUCAUUCUCGCAGUCAGGAUACCUGCAUACACACCAACGUGUCCAUACAGGAGAGAAACCUUUCUAUUGUGAGGUAUGUGACAAAUCCUUCUCACAGGCAGGAUACCUCCGCAUACACAGACGUAUUCAUGCAGGAGAUAAAUUGUUUAAAUGUGACUUUUGUGACAAGUCAUUCCCCACUUCAUUAAGACUCCUGUUCCAUCAGAGGAUUCACACUGGGGAGAAACCAUUCAAAUGUGACCUAUGUGACAAGUCAUUCUCACAGUCAGGAAAUCUCCAGUUACAUCGGCGUGUUCACACAGGGGAGAAACCAUUCAACUGUGAAGUGUGUGAUAAGUCUUUCUCACAUUCAGGAUCCCUGACCCUACACCAGCGUGUACACACAGGGGAGAAACCAUUCAGCUGUGAACUGUGUGACAAAUCUUUCUCCUGGUCAGGAUCCCUCCGCAUACACCGGCGUAUGCACACAGGAGAGAAACCCUUUAAGUGUGAAGUGUGUGACAAAUCAUUUGCGCGAGCAGUAUUCCUCCGUACACACCAACGUGUGCACACAGGAGAGAAACCCUUCCAUUGUGAGGUGUGUGACAAAUCAUUCACACAGGCAGGAUACCUGCACAUACACCAACGUAUUCACACAGGAGAGAAGUUGUUUAAGUGUGAGGUGUGUGACAAAUCUUUCCCCACGUCAUCAGGACUCCUGUUCCAUCAGAGGAUUCAUACUGGAGAAAAACCAUUCCGAUGUGAAGUGUGUGACAAAUCAUUCUCAUCAUCAUCAAACCUCCGCAUUCAUGAACGUGUCCACACAGGAGAGAAACCUUUCCAGUGUGAGGUGUGUGACAAAUCAUUCACACAGGCAGGAUACCUCCGCACACACCAACGUAUUCACACAGGAGAGAAGUUGUUUAAGUGUGAGGUGUGUGACAAAUCAUUCCCCACUUCACAAAGACUCCUGAUCCAUCAGAGGAUUCACACAGGGGAGAAACCAUUCAGGUGUGAGGUGUGUGACAAAUCGUUCACACAGUCAGGGAACCUCCGCACACACCAACGAGUACACACAGGAGAGAACUUGUUGAAGUGUUAGUUGCAUGACAGUUCAUUCCCUAACUCUUGGAGACUGUUGCUCCAUCAGAGAAUUCAUACUUAAGAGAAACUAUUCAUUUAUAAGUUGUGUCACAACUCAUUCUUGAAGUCAUUGAGUCUACACAGACAUCAGUUUAUUCACAUAGGGAAGAUCAUUCAUGUAUAUGUGUAUCAAAUCAUUUUUAAAUUUAUCAACUCUUCACAGCCAUCAAAGCAUUCACAUGGAGGUUAAAUUCUCAAAUUAUUAGAGCUUCUUGCUCUAUCAGAGGGUCCACACAGGGGAGUAAUGUAUGCUCUGUGAUGAACCUUUCAUGAUGUCUUCAAAUAUCUGGGAGUCCACAGGAUUCAAACUUCGGAGAAAUUAUUGAGUCCAAUGUUUGUGACUGUCUUUGUACAGUCUGUGUAUCUUCUGGUCCAUCAACACACUCACAGGGAGGUAACCUAGUCGAAGUAUGUUCUGUAAUGAAGUCUCCACACAAUUGUCAGAUCUCUGGAUCUUUGGAUUUUCUGGGAAAUCAGUGAAGCAACAUGGUAUACCUCCCAGUGCGUCAUGUGUCAGGAUUGUAUCACCACUUUUUCCUCUCUCACCAGACAUUUAUGCCUCCACACAGACUUGGAGCUGAGUCAGCUGCCUGAGUUGCACUGAAAGUUGACUGUGUGGUUUACUCUCCAGUCCUCACACAGGAGAGCUGUUGUUCCAAAGCACUGUCCGUCUCAAACCUCUCCCAUCAUCUGUCCAUUCAACAAGUUCAAUUUAACCUUUGACCUGAUCACCAAAGAAGGCCCCUGCAGAGGAUUACUUCAAGUGUAAAGUUUGAAAUAAGCUCAAUGUGAAGAAUGUUCAGUGGGAUUGGUAUACAGAACAAAAAGCAGCAAACAACUUGUGAAUGACAAUACCAAUGCUGAAGGAUUAUGAAAUCAACUGUUAUAUUUUGUGAGUUUUAAAACAAAUGAUUUUACUUAUACUGCUCACUUGUCUGAAAUUGAAUGUGGUUUUACUCAUCCCAUUUUGUUAAUUGUGGGAGCCCAUUUCCUCCAGUUCCUCGUUUUGUGCACUCUGACUUUGUAAGGAAUACAGCAACGUUGGUAAAGUUAAAUGUGAAGUACGGUUUAUUUCAUGUACGUUUUUUUUACAUUCAGGAAUCCUUCACACCGUAAAAAUACAUGGAAAUGUAGAAGUGAUCCUGGUGAGAAUAGUGCAUGGAAAACCACCAUCCCAUGAGUUGUCAUGUGUCAGAAACGACCAGUUGAAUCUCUGGGAUGGUUCAUGCCUGAAUGUGGCCACAUUCUGAAGGAAAUUAUGUAUUCCCUGUAACAACCUUAUGUACUAACAUGUAGCAAAACAGAUUGUUAAUAAGUAAUAUGCAAACUUUAUCUACCCUUCUAAAGGUGAAAUGAGAUGACUUUGUCACAGUUUGUUGGUAUUCUGACUGCAAAAGUCCCUCAAUUCAGUAGCCGCUCAGUUAUUUCUUGAUCUUGGUUUCAGUUAGAAUUUUUUGCAAGUUCUUUGAAUGUUACUUCACUUGCUCAGGCUUGAAGGUCUGAGUCCCAACUGACUUUUCUCCUCCCAGUUCAGUAACAAACUGCCCCUCAUCGACCAUUCAAAACCCUGUUGCUGGGUAAUUUACUUUUUAAUGGAAGGACAUCUGGUGUUGAUGUAUCUCACAAAAAAAAUUAGAAUCAGCUUCCAGGAAAUGUAUCUACUCUUGUGUGAUCACAAGUGACUACACAGUUCCACUUGCCUUUUUAGUUGAGAAAGAACUAAAAAUCCAAACGUUCAUUUUUAAAUUUCAAUUUCCAAGUAAAGUGUGUGUCAUCCUUAAUAAACAGUGAAAAAGUAUCCACUUAAAUACAAAAUAAAACCAAGAAGUGCAAUUCUGGUCUUCCUAUUGGAAGGAUGCUGUGAAACUUGAAAUGGUUCAGAAAAGAUUUACAAGGAUGUUGCCAGGGUUGGAGGAUUUGAGCUACAGCGAAAGGUUGAAUAGUCUGUGGCUGUUUUCCCUGGAGCGUUGGAGGCUGAAGGGUGACCUAUUGAGGUUUAUAAAGUCAUGAAGGGCCUGGAUAGAAUAAAUAGACAAAGUCUCUUCCCUGGACUGGGGGAGUCCAGAACUAGAAGGCAUAGGUUUCGGGUGAGAGGGGAAAGAUAUAAAAGAGACCUAAUGACAACCUUUUCACUCAGAGGGUGGUACAUGUAUGGAAUGAGCUACCAGAGGAAAUGGUGAAGGCUGGUACAACUGCAACGUUUAAAAGCCAAUUGGAUGGGUAUAUGAAUACGAAGGGUUUGGAGGGAUAUGGGCCACAUGCUGGCAGGUGGGUCGAAAUUGGGUUGGGAUAUCUGGUCAGCAUGGAUGGGUUCGACCGAAGGGUGUGUUUCUGUGCUGUACAUCUCUUUGACUCUAUUUACAAUUUUAUCAUUAUGGGUUGAUUGGUUGAAGAGUUGUCAACAGUUUAUUUUUAAAAGUCCCUUUGAAAGGCUUUUGAGGAACUUUUGCUGAAAUGUGAUUUGUGCUUCACUGACUUGAUGAAAGCAGGUUUACUUAAAGAGUGCACAAGUAGAGGUUAGUGGUACAUUUUACUAGCCAGAGGUUUCUCCAUUGUCACGUGGAGUUAAAAGUGUAGAUUUUAUCAGUAGAUGUGCAAUGGAGCAGCACUGACCCCUGGUCUAUGGGUGGCACGGUGGCACAGUGGUUAGCACUGCUGCCUCUCAGCGCUAGAGACCCGGGUUCAACUCCCGCCUCAGGCGACUGACUGUGUGGAGUUUGCACAUUCUCCCCGUGUCUGUGUGGGUUUCCUCUGCGUGCUCCAGUUUCCUCCCACAGUCCAAAGAUGUGCGAGUCAGGUGAAUUGGCCAUGCUAAAUUGCCCAUAGUGUUAGGUAAGAGGUAAAUGUAAGGGUAUGGGUGGGUUGCGCUUCAGCGGGUCGGUGUGGACUUGUUGGGCCGAAGGGCCUGUUUCCACACUGUAAGUAAUCUAAUCUAAUCUGUCUGUUAUUUCAGAAUUACACAGUUAAAAAGUGUUCAGAACUAUGGAAACUAUGCGAUGAAAAGAGAAGCAAUUAUCAUCGAGACAAAGGCUGACUGUUUAUGGGCCUUUGCAAAGAUUAUUAAUAAAUCUUAUGGUGUGGAUGUGUCUUGCAUUGUAUUGUGUGAGGGAUUUUCUUUGAGACAGUUGUUCCUAUAGCAGAUUAAAACACAACUGUUAAUCUUCCAGACCCAUCAGGAGUUGUCUGGGUGUUAAUUGUCUGGCUGAUAUUGACUCUGGAGAAGUUUUCAGCAGAUGAUUUGUUAUUCCACUUAAAUGAUUAUGCAAUCCUUUUUGUUAUUCAAAUUUUGGUUUUUACAAUGAUGAAGUGUCAAUGAAACAGGAAUUAGAGUAACUCCCUAUGUAGUGAAAACACCCAGUUUUGUUUAUAUCCAGCGUGUUAACAUAAACUGAACAACUUUAUCCAUAGUUUUAGAAGUGGAGCUUGGAUAAUGUCUUUGAUGGUGAGUAUUUCAAGCAUUAACUGUUUGAGAGAGCAUUGUUGUUAGACUGCAUCAUUGCUUUAUCUCUCUCAAACAGUUACUGGAUGAAAUGCUCACAUUUCUCAAACUACUAUGUUCUCCAAAAUACUUGUCCAGGAUGUUACUGUUCUGUCCAAGAUGGGAAGAGUGCACUUUCACUCCUUAGUCCCAUUGCUGCACAGCCACAACAUCAAUGUAAUUGCCUUUCCCGCUAUGUUUAGUUGUAUCUAUUCGACUUACAAUAAAAAAGAACUGU